ACUAAAAGCUUUUAUACACUUCUUUCUUCUUCUUCUUCUCUCUUUGAGAAUUGAGUUUGGUUUUUCCGAAGAAAAAAAAAACGAGAGGAUGGGUUUCUUUUUCUCGGCCGAGAAAGUUGUGUAUGCCCUUCUUCUCAUCUUCAUCAUCUACUUGGAUUUUUACGGAUCAAAUGCUCAAGUUUUGCCAGAAGAUGAAGUUCAAACAUUGCAAACGAUCUUUAGAAAGCUUCAAAACCAAACAGUGAACAUCACGAGGACUUCUUGUACGGACGGAAAAUGGAACUUUGUUACCGGCUCGACGCCCAAAGCAACCAGUAACAUCACCUGCGACUGUACCCUCAACUCCAGUUCAGUCUGUCGUGUCACAAACAUACAGCUUCAAGGUUUUAAUUUGCGAGGAGUUGUCCCACCAGAGUUCGGGAACCUCACACACCUUACAGAAAUAGAUCUUAUGCUGAACUUUCUCAGUGGGACAAUACCUACGACAUUGUCUCGAAUUCCACUUGAAAUCUUGUCUGUAACCGGAAACCGUCUCUCUGGACCAUUUCCUCCUCAACUCGGAGAGAUUACUACACUUACUAUAGUGAAUUUCGAAACUAAUUUAUUCACAGGAUCACUUCCUUCAAACUUGGGGAACUUAAGAAGCUUGAAAAGAUUGCUACUCUCUUCAAACAACAUCACGGGUCCGAUCCCUGAGUCCUUAAGCAAUCUCAAGAAUUUGACUGAUUUUCGGAUUGAUGGAAACUCUCUAUCUGGGAAGAUACCUGAUUUUGUUGGAAACUGGACUCAGAUCAGUAGGCUAGACCUCGAAGGCACAUCAAUGGAAGGUCCAAUUCCAGCUUCGAUAUCAAACUUGAAGAACUUGACUGAAUUGAGGAUAACCGAUUUGCGUGGACCGGCCUCUUCUUUCCCAGACCUGCAAACUAUGACGAAUAUGGACCGAUUGGUACUAAGAAACUGUUUGAUAAAGGGUUCUAUUCCGGAAUACAUUGGUACCUCCUUGAGUAAGCUGAAGUUACUAGAUUUAAGUUCAAACAUGCUAACUGGUGUAAUUCCAGACACAUUUCGGAAUCUUGAGGCAUUUAACUUUAUGUAUCUGAAUAAUAACUCAUUGACUGGUCCAGUUCCUCAGUUCAUUCUGGAUAGUAAACAAAACAUCGAUUUAUCUUACAACAAUUUCACUAAGCCACCUACUCUAAGCUGUAAUCAGCUUGAUGUGAACUUGAUCUCCAGCUACCCGUCAGCAACCGAUAACUCUGUUCAAUGGUGCUUGAGGAAGGAUCUUCCAUGUCCUAGAGAGGCAGAACAUUCUUCCUUGUUAAUCAACUGUGGAGGAAACCAACUCAAGGUUGGUAAAGACAUGUAUGUGGAAGACCUAAACAAGAGAGGAGCAUCAACAUUCUCUUCUGUCUCUGAUAAAUGGGGAUACAGUAGUUCUGGAGCUUGGUUAGGCAAUGACAAGGCCCGUUACUUAGCAACUGACACAUUUAACUUGAUCAAUAAAUCAACUCCAGAGUAUUACACAAAAGCCCGUCUCGCUUCACAAUCACUCAAGUACUAUGGACUCUGCAUGAUAAGGGGAAGUUACAAAGUGCAGCUCCAUUUUGCAGAGAUAAUGUUCUCAAAUGACCAGACUUAUAGUAGCUUAGGGCGGCGAGUAUUCGACAUUUAUGUUCAAGGGAAGUUGUUGGAGAGGGACUUUAACAUAGCUGAAAGAGCAGGUGGAGUUGGUAAACCGUUCCUAAGGCAAAUUGAUGAUGUUCAGGUGAAUGGAAGUACGUUGGAGAUUCACUUGAAGUGGUUAGGGAAAGGCACAAACGUAAUACCAACACGAGGUGUUUACGGGCCUCUCAUAUCUGCCAUAACGAUUACACCAAAUUUCAAGGUUGACACCGGAAAAGAAUUGUCCAAGGGAGCACUUGCAGGCAUUGUAAUUGCAGCGUGUACGGCUUUCGGGUUGCUGGUACUUAUAAUCCUCUGGCUUACAGGUUACUUAGGUGGAAAAAAAGAAGUCGAUGAAAAUGAAGAGCUUAGGGGACUUGAUUUGCAGACAGGAUCGUUCACAUUGAAACAAAUCAAACGUGCUACUAAUAACUUUGAUCCAGAAAACAAGAUUGGUGAAGGAGGAUUUGGACCGGUUUAUAAGGGCGUUCUUGCUGAUGGAAUGACCAUAGCGGUGAAGCAGCUUUCAUCAAAAUCUAAGCAAGGAAACAGAGAAUUUGUGACUGAGAUCGGCAUGAUCUCUGCGUUGCAAAGCAAUACAAAUUACAGACCAAGAGAAGAGUUUAUUUACCUUCUUGAUUGGGCAUAUGUCUUGCAAGAACAAGGGAGUCUUCUAGAGCUUGUGGAUCCUGAUCUCGGUACAAGCUUUUCGAAGAAAGAAGCGAUGAGGAUGUUGAACAUAGCUUUACUCUGCACGAACCCAUCUCCGACAUUGAGACCACCAAUGUCAUCUGUUGUAAAAAUGCUAGAAGGAAAAAUCAAAGUCCAACCACCACUAGUGAAACGUGAAGCUGAUCCAAGUGGUUCAGCUGCAAUGAGGUUUAAGGCCUUUGAGGUUUUGUCACAAGACAGCGAGUCACAAGUCUCGACCUAUACAAGAAACAGAGAACACAUUAGCUCCUCGUCGACGGACGGUCCUUGGGUUGACUCUUCCUUCUCUGAGCCUAGCAAAGAUGUUAGCCUACAACAGCAAGAAGAAGGACUUUCGUCAUCUUCGUCAAAGCGACUUUUAGAUGAUCUUACCGAUGUGAAGAUUGAGUGAUGAAUUGUAAAUCAUUAAAGGUUGUUUUAUUCUGAUUUUUCUUCAAACAGAACUUAUUGCUAUCAAUCAAAAUCUCUUUUUACUUGAGGA